UUCAAAGGCUCAAAUCGCUGACGAAGAAUCAAUCUUAUUGUCAAAUCCAAAUCUGAGUAAAAAUGAACGUGAAUGUAGACAAAUCUAACAUGUGUGUGUGUGAUAUUUGGAUAAAAUGAAAAUCAAAAUAUAACUUUUUUCUGCUUUUAAUAUCAUAUACUAAAAUAGCUCAAGCUAAAAUGAAAGAAUUCGCAAAGAGCACGGCCAGUAUAGCGAGCAGCGUGACUUGCAGCCUUCUCGGCAGCAUGAGAUGCUUCUUUUGAUCUCUUGAAGGAGACCAAAAACGCCCAAAUGUCCAUCAAGCAAACCCGUGCGCGAGUAUUUUUUUUUUUUUUUAAUUAUUCGACCUGUUGCCUUUUUUUCAUGUGUUUGGACCUUCCCAGCGCAACCCAGGGCGCUAAACCGCGUCCGAUUCGAAAUAAAAAUUGCGUCCUCUGGACCUCUAGGGUGAACGGUCAUGAUAUCACCCGUUACGAUACACCCGAUACCUACAUCUCCUGGGGUUUUAUUAGGGUUCGUCCCGUCUAUUAGCAACCUUUCCUCUCCUUCGCAAACCUUCGGCAAACCCACAAAUCCCCAACUCCGGCCAUGAAUGGAGCCGCCGGCGAAGCAUGAGGAAGAGGAUGAGGAGAACGGCCCUCGUCCCCCCUUCGCCGCCACCGUUUCCAGGGUCGCCGUCGCCCAGAUCUGCCUCACCGUCGGGUACGCUGCCGCGGAGCCCGCCGCCCUCUGCUCCCUCGCCGACGUCGCUGCUCGCUUCGUCCAGACCCUAGCCCGAUCGGGCGCCUCUAUCGCCGCCGCCCACGGCCGGACCGAUGCCAACCUCCUCGACCUCGUCAGGGCGAUGGAGGACCUCAGCCUCCCGCGGGGUUUCGCUGGCGCCUUCAAUCCGACAACACCACUUCUGAGAUCGAGCAUUCUGAGAGAGCUAAUGGCGUUCGUCCGAUCGGUGGAGGAGAUCCCUUUCCCGAGGCCGAUACGGCGCGAAUCCGUGAGGGCUAGGGUUUCGCCGAGCUUCGGGCAGAUGGGGCGGGAGCCGCCGUUCGGGCACGUGCCGCGGUGGCUGCCGUGCUUUCCAGAGGCAUGGGAGAGGUCGCGGAGAGAGGGGGAGGGCGGGGGGGACCGGAGAGAAGGGGAGGGGAAGAGAGAGAUGGCGAAGGGGGUAAGGUUAUUAGGGGAAGGGGAGAGGGUUUUGCUGGCGGGGAGGGAGAGAGUUUGUUUCCGAUUGGAGUACUGUGGUGGUUCGUGUGGGGAGAGGAAGAAGAAGAGGGUCGGCGAGGAGGCGGAGGAGAGGUGUGGGAAGAGAAGAUAGCCUGGGAUUUUUUGUUUUAGUGUUUAUUUUGUUUAAUUUAUUUCGUUGGGAGCUGAAAAAAGUAUCGAGGAAGAGGAGAAUCGAACCCAUGAUACAAGGGAAAGACUCUGUUAAUGACGGACGUUGCUACCGGCAUAGCAGCGUGCGUUGAAGUCAGCAGCCAACCACGUAAAAUAAUAUAUUUUCUUUUUGUUUUGUUACCUGGCUUUUCCGCCUCGUGUCGCCUUGCCUGUGGGACGCACCAUGGGAUGGGAGAUGGUUCAUGUGCGCAGAUGGUAUAUACGUGUGGUUUAGAUUUUAGAGCUAAUGUCGUUCCGCUGCUUUUGUCUGUUGCAGAUGUUCAAAGACACUGGCUUGUGUAGCUUCACUUGGAAAUACAUGACAAAUGCAAAACAUUGUUAGGUGAAUAAA